UAUACGCAUGCGUACUAAAGCGUUGUCGCAACUGUUUUGUUCUCCCCGUAUGCUGUUUUUGUGAAUUUAUUACAAAGCAAAAGCAAUCAUCACACAUAUCGCAUGAUCUACAAGUCACUUAUAAAGUGUAAAUAUUGUUCUAUAAGACAUUGGCAUGGCCACCGCGGCUGGAUUGCCUAGAAAAAUGAGAAAAUGUGAUGGGGAAAACAGUGUCAAUGUUCCCGAAUUUCGAGAGAAGCAAGUCCACCAUAGUGAAUCGGACGGUGUGGUCAGCAAACAGGACAUUUUGAAAUGGAUCGACUCGUGUCAGAGCGAAAUCGACAACCUCAACGAACGGUGUUCAGAGGAAGUCCUCAAAAUCGAACAGAGAUACAGCUUGCUCAAGAAACCUAUAUUCUGCAAAAGGAAUGAAUUUAUUGAAAAGAUUCCAAAUUUCUGGUCAACAACUUUUUUAAAUCACCCUCAGAUCUCAGUGAUAGUAGAUGAAGAUGAAGAGGAGUGCAUCAGAUGUCUUAAAAAGGUGGAGGUGGAAGACUACGAUGACCUCCGGUCGGGUUACAGAAUACGACUCCACUUUGAGGAGAACCCGUUCUUCGAAAACAUGACUGUCUGCAAGGAGUUUGCGUCCGCGCACGCGACGUACGAUCCCAGCUCCGGCAUUCCAGAAAUACGAUGGAAGGACGGCAAGUCGUUAGCCGAGUGUCAGGAGGAGAGAGAGGGCAGGAAGCGCGAUCGGCGGUCGCGUACCUUCUUCAUGUGGUUGACUAGUCAAAGUGAUGCUGCGUCGGACGUGCUAGCAGAGGCGAUAAAGGACGAAAUAUGGCCAAAUCCUCUUCAGUAUUUUGUGGUAGAUGACGCUGAAGAAUCAGAACAAAAUGAUGCUACUGAAAGGUUGCAGGAAACGGGCGGUGCUGCCCAGGAGGAAGACGAGACGGAAGUGUGCGCAACAGAUCGUGAUGAAGAGUUGAACGCGGAGGUAGAGGAGGAGGGGCAGAUCCAGGAAACGGAAGACACGGGCGGAGGCGGAGAGGCGGACGAACGCAUGGAUGAAGAAGGAACUCUGCGUGAGAAACCGCGCGGCGGCCGUACGGAACACUGGCCGUCAGACGGAGCAGCAGCAGUGCAGAGUAGGGCGGUGUGUAAGCGUGACGCGCACGGUAGACCGCGCGCCCGGCAGCAGCAGCAGCAGCAGCAGGGACCUCCCCUUCCUCCCGGCGCUAGACUAGGAGCGGCAUCUGCGGAGCGUAAGGUGGAGGAGGGGGCGCCACCGUUCAAGCAGGAGGAGCGCGUUUCCGCCGCCGCCGCUGACGGCAAGCAGGACUUGAUGCUGUCACUGCUGUACGAGAUCCGCGAGGAGCAGUGGCGGGCGCGGGGAGAGCGGGCGCGCAUGGCACACGCGCUCGACAGGGUCUGCGGCGUCCUGCACCCGCACGCGUCUCCUCCGCCCCCGCCGCCGGCGCCCCCUGACGACGACGACGUGAGUGCGCCUCCGUACGACGCGAUGGACGGGUUUCGUGUCUGCGAGCCAGCGGCGGCGUUCGCCGCGGGAGAUGCGGUGGCGACGGUCGCGAUACCGGGCCCUAGCGGCGGCGGCGGCGGCGAUGACGACUCCGCACAGAACUGCAUCGUUUACAAGGUGGAGGAAGAUGACGCGGUUGUCAUCGACGACGACGACGAAGACGAGAACGACUACGGCCCGAUCGCGGAGCUGUACGACGGGGGCGUCAACGAUGCGGCGGCGGAGGCUGCGCGGCUCGUGUGCAGCCUCGAGGACCCCGUCGCCAGGUUGCGCCACCGCGGCGCGAUCACGUACGGCAGCAAGCCGGAACCCGAGGAACAACGCGUGUUCAAGAUGUUCCAGGACACGCGCAACGCGAAGCUGUUCGCGCUCAAGCUCCUCGGAGCGUUCUUCACGAAGCGCGAGCUCGCUCUCUCGAACCUCUACGGCGGGAAGGUGCACACGGGUAAGAUGUGGGCUGAGAAGCGAGCGCUGGAGCCGGCGCGCAUGCGACGCGUGUUCACGUACCUCGAGCAGUACUACCCGGGGUGCCGGGACCGCCGGCGCGACGAGGCGUACAUCCGCGACGCCAUUAACAACAAGUGCCGCAACUCGCUGCGAUGGAUCCGCGAGAACCCGCUGCUAGACGACUGAGCGACACGCGUCGUCCGUAUGACAAACUAGAACUGUGCUUCACCAGCGAUACUUGACGACUGAGGCGCGCGCGUGCCAUAUUAAUAUAUGACUAACUAGGACUGAGUGCCGACAAAAAGCUGGGACCGUGCGCCUGCAAUAAACUAGGAUUGAGUGCUUACGACAAACUUAGACCUGGUGCCUACAAGAAACUGGGACUGAGUACUUACAACAAACUAGGACUGUGCAUCGCCUAUGACACUAGGUCUAGGUGGCUUAGAGCACACCUUCAUGAGCUGUGGCAGCCAACGACAGCGCGUGUGUGAACUAUGAUGUUUGAUGACCGGGUGACCACGUGACCUGCCUCACUCAAAUGACCGAGCGUCAGUGUGACCCCCCCCCACUCAUGGACUGAGCGCGUGCGUUACCUACCCAGUCAACGACAGUACGUGUGUGACCUCCCUAGCUUAAUAGCUGAGUCCUGGAGGCGACAUAACAUCUUCAAAGAUGUUUGAGGGACAAACUUAAGAAUGGGCAAUGUUCCGAACUCUCCUAGUAUUCAAAUAAAGGCUCGCUCGCGCACUGUAGACGCGCACGCAUCCUACGCUGCAAGGGUAUGGAUCGUUUGUGCGAUGCGAUCUCCCUCUGUAAUUAAUUUCUUCAGUCAGGCCAUCCUUAAAAAAUUAUAUGUUUGCUGUCCUCCGACCGACCUACGAAAAUAGCCGCGAC